AUGAUGUUGGAGUUGAACAGGAGCUGUGUGACCGCAUUCAUGAUGAUGGGUCUCUCUGAGCAUCCCAAGCUGCAGAUCUUCCUCUUCAUUCUCUUCCUUUCCAUUUAUAUAGUUGCCCUGAUCGGAAAUGUAGCAAUCAUUGCUGCCAUUGUUUCUUAUCCCAAACUUCACACACCCAUGUAUUUCUUCCUGUUCCAUUUGGCUGUGGUGGAUAUAGUCUGUACUUCCACCAUCAUUCCCAAAAUGCUGACAAACAUAGCAACUUUUAGCAAGAGAAUCUCCUAUUCUGGCUGCAUAGCCCAGCUCUACUCCUUCACAUGGUGUUUGGGAGCUGAGAUGGUGCUCUUCACUGUCAUGGCUUAUGAUCGCUAUGUAGCUAUAUGCCACCCCUUGCGUUAUAGCAUCAUGAUGAACAAGACAGUAUGUGUAGCACUCUCCACAGUGGUGAUCCUUAUCGCCAUUACAAACUCAUGGGUUCACACUGGACUGAUUAUGCGGCUCACUUUCUGUGGCCCCAAUGGUAUCAAUCACUUCUUCUGCGAGAUUCCUCCACUUCUGGCUCUCUCCUGCAGCCCAGUAAGAAUCAAUGAAGUCUGGGUAUUCACAGCAGACAUAUUUCUUGCUAUGGGGGACUUCUUAAUAACAUGCUUAUCUUACUGCUUCAUUGUUAAGGCAAUCUUAAACAUCAGGACCUCUGAAGGGAAGAAGAAGGCUUUCUCCACUUGCUCAUCACAUCUCAUUGUUGUGUCCUUAUAUUACUCAACUGUCAUCUAUACUUAUAUACGACCAGCCUCCAGCUACUCUUUUGAGCGAGACAAGGUGGUUGCUGCCCUAUACACGCUGGUUACACCAACUCUGAAUCCUAUAGUCUACACUUUAAGAAAUAAGGAUGUCAAAGCAGCUCUCCGAAAAGUAUUCCUCAACUCAUGA